AUGGUUUCCAUUUAUACUAAAAUGAAGAAGCUUGCAAAUGAUGAUCCUAGGAGAUUACUUCACUCUUUGAAAGUUGGCAUUGCUCUCACUUUAGUCUCCACAUUAUACUAUGUCACUCCCAUCUUCAAGGGCUUCGGUUCUUCAACUAUUUGGGCUGUGCUCACCGUCGUACUCGUCAUGGAGUUCACUGUCGGUGGGACACUAACAAAGGGUUUAAACAGAGCAAUGGCAACACUACUUGCAGUGGCUUCAGGAUUUGGUGCUCAUCAUGUUGCCAUUCUCACUGGAGGCAAAGGAGAAAUCAUCCUUCUUGGCAUAUUUAUCUUCCUAAUUGCUGUAGUGGCAACGUUCUUGAGAUUCAUCCCAGUAAUCAAAGCUAGAUAUGACUAUGGAGUGUUGAUAUUUAUGUUGACAUUUAGUUUAGUGGCUGUAUCAAGCUUUAGAAAUCAUGAAACCUUCAUGCUAGCUUACAAGAGGCUUGUGACCAUUGCCAUUGGAGUUGCGGUUGCUCUUCUUGUUUCAGUCUUGGUGUUCCCAAUAUGGGCUGGAGAAGACCUUCACUUGCUCACUGCUACAAACUUGGAGAGACUUGCUGGCUUUCUAGAAGGAUUUGGAGCUGAGUAUUUUGGAGAGAAGGUGAAACAUGAUAAGAUAAAGAGCAAAGCUCUUCUACAAACUUACAAGAGUGUGCUAAAUACAAAAGCCACUGAAGAUUCACUGGCCAAUCUUGGGAGAUGGGAGCCUCGCCAUGGCCGUUUCCAGUUUCGCCAUCCAUGGAAACAAUACCAAAAGAUCGGCUCUCUAUGCCGAAGAUGCGCUUAUCUAGUUGAAGCUCUUCGUUCAUACAUCAUAAGAUCAGAAAGCCAGGCUGCCAGUGAGUUGGAAAAAAACACAAGGAUAAGAGAUGCGUGUAUGGAGAUAAGCAAGGAAUCAAGGAGAACAAUGAAAGUGCUGGCAUCAUCAGUGAAAACAAUGACAAAGUUCUCAGUUAGUAAAAAACACAUGACUGCAGCUGCAGAGGCUGUGAAAAGUUUGAAGAUGUCUCUGUCAGAAGAAGGAUUACUGCUCAGAGAAGCGUUACACAUAGCCACCAUUGUCUCAUUGUUGCUUGAGAUUGUGAGUUGUGCUCAAGAUAUCGAAGUUGCUAUUGAAGAGCUUGCAAAGCUUGCUGGCUUUGAGAUCAGCUCAGAUCAAGGGAAUGAUGGAUUAAAAGAGAAGGAGAAAUCAGUGAGUGAUCAUAUUGAGCUAGAAGGAAUAUCCAUUGUUGUGCUCGAAUAA